AUGGAUGCCAGUGGCAUUCUGCAGACGUGGAGUUCUACGUCUUCGUCGCUGAACGCCCUGGCUGCAGUCACGUGGGAGGAUAUUCUGAAACCUUCUCUCGAUCACAGAUUGACAGAAGGACACAAGGCGAUAGUCACAAAACUUCUAGUAAUUAUAUUUGGUGGAGCUGGCAUUGCUAUGUCUUUCGUUACAACUAACCUGGGUGGUACCGUUCUACAGGCAUCCUUGAGUUUCACCGGCGCGGCAUCUGGUCCCCUUCUCGGGAUGUUUGCUCUAGGAGCAUUCUUCCCAUGGGCCAACUGGAUUGGUGCCUGUGUGGGCGGGGUACUUGGUCUCAUUCUGCCAAUGUGGAUGGUGAUUGGCAGCUACAGCGUGGUCGGACCGCCUCCAUCCAACAUGCGCUUCCCUACCGACAACUGCACCGCCCCAAAUAUUACAACAACAGCCAUGACGACACUGAUCACCAUGACAACUACCGAGUCCCUCCCAUCGGAAGAGAUAUCCGGAAUCAGUCUUUUAUACACUGUCUCGUAUCUAUGGUUACCAAGUAUAGGUGCUGCCACAGUUGUUGUUGUUGGGCUUCUUGUUAGCUUUAUUACUGGUCCCAUGAAGGUUGGGGAGGUGGACACGAGGUAUCUGGUUCCGUUCUUUGAUCGACUCUUCUGCUGUUUGCCAGAAUCCUGCAGCCGCAGACUGAGAUGUAACCAGGAGUUCCACAGUCCAGAGAUUCUAGCAAACGGAAUUCGUAACAAAGAAGAAGAUAGAUCUACGGCCAAGGGAUAG